AUGUGGGACUUCUUCAAAAGCCCCUCUCGCAGGAGAAGAGAAAGAGAUUGGAAUCGCCGGGUAGAAGAGCUCCGCGAGCAAGAGCGCCGCCAGAAAGCCCUGGGUGAACGCGACCGGCAGGGUGCGAAGUCCGGCUCGGCCUCGACGACUCCGGCCGCCACCCCGGCAUACAAGGCAUAUUACCCACCGUCCAGCUAUCGGAGCUCUGGAAACUCUAGGUCGAGCAACUCUGGAUCGGGAUACUCUAUAUCCGGAUACUCUGGAGCGGCCUUAUACGCAGACUCUGGCUCCUAUGGAGGGUCGCAUGGCCAUGGGGACACCUCAGGAGACUGUGGAGGGGGUGGUAGCUAUGGGGGAGCAGACUCGGGUGGUUCGUCUGGGGGUUCGUCUGGGGGGGAUGGGGGUGGGGGUGGCGGCGGUGGUGACGGCGGUGGUGGUGGCUGCUAG